UUCUAACUUCACGUGAUUGAAUGUUUUUAUCUAGGCUAAUAAACAAAAAUUAUUUUGUUCGUUUUGGUCGUCUGUUGGCAAAACGAUGAAGUUGUAAAAUGAUGGGCGAUCAGUUUCGUAAAGUAGAACAAUAUUCACCUAAAUCAUCGCCAAGAGGGGCCAGAUCCCCCGUAGUAUCCCGCCAGGAUUCGUCAGGAACACUAAAAACGACAAUUUUGCUGGGAAAGAAUCCGUCUAUUGUCCCCAGUGGACCCUUUUAUUUAAUGAAAGAACCACCGGGGGAAUCUGAACUAACUGGAGCUACGAAUUUGAUGGCCUACUAUGGCCUUGAACAUUCCUAUAGUAAGUUUAGUGGGAAAAAAUUGAAGGAGCAGCUAUCAUCUUUUUUGCCCAAUACACCUGGCGUCAUAGACUCUCCUGGCCAGGACAACAGUACCCUAAGAUCUGUAAUUGAGAAACCACCAAUUGGUGGAAAGGAAUUGUUACCUUUAACAAGUGUUCAGUUGGAUGGAUUUAGAUUGCAUCCCGGACCUUUACCAGAACAAUACCGACACACAAGUGCAACACCGAUAAAGAAACAUAAAAGCAAACACAAAAAGCACAAACAUAAAGAAGGAGGAUUACCAAGCCAAGAAAUGACUGUUGCCGACUCUGUCAAUGAUAUACAUGAAAAGAAGCACAAGAAACAGAAGAGGCAUGAUGAAGACAAGGAAAGAAAGAAAAGGAAAAAAGAGAAGAAGAGAAAGAAACAAAAGCACAGCCCUGAACACAGUGGAGGCCUUACACCUAGCCAGCAUUCUAGUUAAAUAAGAGUGAAAGGUUUGUAUGACAGAAAACUGUAAAAUAGAAUGUUUCAUUCAUUUUGGCAUUUUGCCAAACAUCAAAUGGCAAACUUUGUGUAAUAUGCACAGAACAAUUUGGUUCUUUAAAGUAAGAUUUGUUUAUAAAAGGAAAUUCAGCCAAAAGGUGAUACCUCAAAUACUUCAAAAGAUUAGUGGGGUUGGGGUUGCUUUUGUUAAUUUAUUAUAAUGGACAUGG